AGAAGGUGGGGGCAGCGUCACAUAAACAGUAGAGUCCCUAUAUUAUCAGAGUAGCGACAACUGGGGAUUGACGCCAUUUUGUUUCCAUUCACUCAAGAUGGGACGCGCAGCGCGAGGUGCACAUUCACGAAAACUGUGGAUUGCUUACUGAUUUCAAGACAUGUUUUGGGCAAAAUAAUUUACUGGCUUGUUUUGUCUGGAUGUCCAAGGUUGGAUUAUGGCCGUUUUGUGGAAUAUUUUCAUCUGUGACUAGUUUUGAGCCUUCAAAGGAGGAAACUCCACAUCUGACUGAUGGAGCUCUCUGCUGACUCCUCCUGAAGCUCAGAAGUUCCGUCCUUCUCUGCUGUUUUUCUGAACUGAUCUGAAUCUUCUUGCUGCUGAACAUGGAGCUGAUCCUGAGGACUUCUUCUUCUCUGCUGCUGUUCCUCUCUCUUCUUCUCCAUCCUUCAUCCUCCUCCUCCGGCUUCGACUCGGCCGCCCAGCCCCGGUUCCUGUGCACCCCGGUCCCCGUGGACGCCGACCCGUCCUGCUUCCCAUCAGCGGGGCAUCAGAGCGCGCCCCCUGCUGGCUGGUGGGGGGCGAGCGAGGAGGCCAAGGCCACCAUCCUGGCGCUGAGGGAGAGCCUGGUGCAGCAGAAGGAGACCAUCCUGGACCAGAGGGAGACCAUCCGGGAGCUCACCGCCAAGCUGGGCCUGUGUGAGGGCUUCGGCCACGGCCGGCAGCACGGCGCGCCGCCGCACCACCGCGCCUUCCCCGACGACAGCCACCACAGCAACCAGAAGGGUCACCAUGGAAACCUGAUCCCCGACGCACCGACGCACUACGACGGGAACCAGCGGACGAAGGAGAAACACCCGACAACACCCGGAGACGUUUCAUCUUCACCGGAACAGAUGGAGAGAAUGCUGCAGGCCCUGAAGGAGAGGCUGGACAACCUGCAGAGGAGGAACUCGUCCACCACCUACUCCAGCUCCCUGAAGGAGCUUCUGCAGAGGAAGAUCAGCGCUCUGGAGGACCAGCUCCAUCACCACAGCGCCGCGCUGAGCGACCCCGAUCACCACGGAGACGAUGGAGACCACAGAGAUCACCAUGACGACGACGGACACCAUGACGACAGACACGACGACGAUGAAGACGAAGACGACGACAACCACCAAGGUGACCAUGACGACGGACACCAUGACGACCACCAAGGCGACCAUGACGACGGACACCACGACGAUGAUGACGACGAGCAUCACGACGACCGCUCAGAUCACUACGACAGCCACAACGACGACCACCACGGCACAGAUGGUGACCAUGACGACGGCCACCGCCACGACGACGACAGUGCAGAUCACCAUAGCAACGAAGCAGACAGCCACAGCUACCUUCCACACACCGGAUACAGAAAACCGGGACCGAGGUCCAACAAACUGGAGACGAUGUUGAAUCAGCUUUACCUCACAGGUUCCAGCAGGAAGAAGCUUCAGAGUCCGGACGCCUUCCAGAUCAGCUUCCCAAUGAGGACCAACUACAUGUACGGCCGUCUGAAGAGGACGCUGCUGCAGGAGAUCUUCGCUCUGACUCUGUGUUUGUGGAUGAAGGCCGGAGCUGGACCCGGACUGGGAACCCCGUUCUCCUACUCGGCCCCGGGGCAGUCCAACGAGCUGGUUCUGAUCGAGUGGGGCAACAACCCCCUAGAGCUGCUCAUCGACGACCAGACGGUGACCCUGCCGCUGUCUCUGAGCGACGGGAAGUGGCAUCACAUCUGUGUGAGCUGGUCGACUCGGGACGGUCGCUGGGACGCCUACCAGGACGGAGUCCAGAGGGGCUCCGGGACCAACCUGGCCCCGUGGCACCCCAUCCGGCCCGGAGGAGUCUUCAUCCUGGGACAGGAGCAGGACACCCUCGGAGGACGUUUCGACGCCACUCAGUCGUUCGUCGGCGAGAUGUCCGACCUCCACAUGUGGUCUCACGUCCUGAGCGCCGCCGACAUCUACGACCUGGCGUCCUGCGGCAGCCACCUGCGGGGUGACAUCAUCGCCUGGGCGGAGUCGGAGGUGGAGCUUCACGGGGGUGUGGCCAGGUAUCCCUUUGACCCCUGUCACUGAAGGCACCAAUGAAGAAGAACAAAGACACUGGAGUCCGUCUGACUUCCUGUUGCUCAGAGUCGAUGCCUUCAUUUGAACCCAACCAGGAACCAGAGACUGAAACCGUUCCUGGAUCAGGUGUUAGCUGUUAGCUCCGGGUGUUAGCCAUUAGCUCCGGGUGUUAGCCGUUAGCUCCGGGUGUUAGCCGUUAGCUCCGGGUGUUAGCCGUUAGCUCCGGGUGUUAGCUGUUAGCUCCGGGUGUUAGCUGUUAGCUCCGGGUGUUAGCCGUUAGCUCCAGGUGUUAGCUGUUAGCUCCGGGUGUUAGCCGUUAGCUCCAGGUGUUAGCUGUUAGCUCCGGGUGUUAGCUGUUAGCUCCGGGUGUUAGCCGUUAGCUCCAGGUGUUAGCUGUUAGCUCCGGGUGUUAGCUGUUCAUCUGGAUGGGACACGUCGUCACGUUGAGGACAAUCGGAGCGGAUUCUGUUGUGGUGACGAAUCUUUAGCUAGAUAGAAACUCUGGAUUCCCUUCACGAAGGUUUCCAUGGAAACAUACAGCUGAUCGACCAAAGAAACUAGAAUUUAACGGACUUCGUGUUUGUGUAUUUAGACAACGUUUGAGUUUCAGAGUUUAGCGUUUUUCUCGACUGUUGCCUCGAUUUUUUUUUUUUUACCGCAGUAGGAAAUCUACGAUGGACAACCAGGAACUCUUUCUAUCGUUUUUUUUUUUUUACAUGCUCUUUACUGGACUCGUCAGUUUUUCACUGAGUUUAGCUUCUCGCUGUGUUUUGUGCUCUAAAGUCCUGAAUCUGGCCUUGUUUAUUUCUGUAGGUUAGAACUUUGCGUUGUGUUGAAGUUUUUCUUUCAAAGGUCUGUAAAUGAAACUGUAAAAGUUACUUUUCUUGUUUUUAUAGAGUUCAAUAUGAAAGCUUGAACAAUUCAACCAACUAUUUAAAUGCUGUAAAAUAAAUCUUAUUUCCUGACUUUUCCUGCGUUUUUGUGAUCAAAGUGCUGCAGUUUGAAGCUUUAAAAUGCUCCGCUAUGCAGAUGACUGUUCUACGUGUGCUGCGUCUUUGUCGCGUAUAAAAACACCAUUUGGACAUUGUAGCAAGGAAAAAGGCUCAAUUCUCUCCUACAUUUUAAAACCAGAACAGAUGUUUUACCUCCAGAAUGGAGCUUCUGGCCUUUUUCUCCACCAGAUUCUAGCAGGAAGAAGCCUCAGAGUCCCGAUGAGGACCAACUUGUGUUUUAGUUUUUCUUUCAAAAGUGUGUAAAUAAAAAAGUGAAAGUUA